UAUCUUCAUUCCAUCGCUUUCCUUAUAAACUCGAACUCAAACUCUCUCUCUCUCUCUCUCUCUCUCUCUCUCUCUAAGAAAUCAGAAUUGAAGCGUUAAAGUUGAUCGAUAUUAUUAUUGAAGAUCAAAAGAGAAAAUGGAGAGUUCAAUAUCAAUGGGUGAGCUUAACCUGAAGGACACAGAGCUAAGGUUGGGAUUACCAGGAAGCGACGCGCCAGAGAAACGUUGCAGUGUUGGAAGCAAAAGGAAAAAUUCACCUGAGGAAACAAGUCGUGAGGAGGAACCAACAGGCAAGAGGAAUGAUGCAAAAAGUGAUCAUAACGAGUCAGACGACGAGCCACCAGCAAAGGCACAAGUAGUGGGAUGGCCGCCAGUGAGAAGUUUCAGGAAGAACAGCGGUCAACAAAAGGAGGAAGAAGGUGCAAGUUACGUGAAGGUCAGCAUGGCUGGUGCUCCUUACUUGAGGAAGAUAGAUGUGAAGGUUUAUAAGAGCUACACACAAUUCCUGAAGGCCUUGGAAAACAUGUUCAAGUGCACUUUUGGUGAAUAUUCAGAAAGGGAGGGAUACAAUGGAUCUGAAUAUGUUCCCACGUAUGAAGACAAAGAGGGUGACUGGAUGCUUGUUGGAGAUGUUCCAUGGCAGAUGUUCAUGAGCUCCUGCAAGAGGCUCAGAGUCAUGAAAGCGUCUGAAGCUAAGGGUUUGGGUUGUCUUUGACCGACCUAUGCAUGCAAUGCAUCCAUGUCAUGGCUACUCAAACAAUCCACCACGGUCACAAGACAAGUCUUUUUUUGACCCCUCUGGGUUGUCCAAAGCAUCAACUUCGGCAGGGCAACCUGAGAUAUAUAUAUAUAUAUAUAUAUUAUGCCUAGCUGAGAAACAGAGACAGUUUUUUUCCCCUCCCAUUAUAUGUAUUUAGCGGAUUGCAGGUCUUAGUUUCUUACUUAUCCAUGCAUACGUGGUCUUCCGUUUCUUUUCUUUCUUUUUCUUCUUUCUCUAAGGAAAGAAAAUUCUAAUGCUAAUUAUAUUGUACAGAAGAUAUAUAAUAAUAUCUUUUUGUUCUGGAUC